GCUGCCGCGGCGCUCACUCCGUCAAUUCACCGUCUGCCCACGCCAGGAUGCAAAGCACAGUAAUGUUUCCGCUUGGGUGUCAUUUUCUUCUCUCGUGAUUCUUGGAUUUGUUGGCGCCUCUUUUUUUUUUAAACUUUAACCUUUUUUUUACAUCCGGAAAUGCAACACUAAAUCCUCAUUUGUUUUUUUUUUGUGGUGAUCAUCAUUUUUGAAUCCACGCAGUAUGCGAUCAGAGGGGCUGGAAGCUGCCGGAGACUCGGACUGAGAUCCCCCCCCCCCCCCCCAUCCCACAUACACACAGUACACACAGCGUGUACGUUUUUAUUGGACUAGAGUGCUUUUUGGCUCCCUGAACGCAUCUUUUCCCAUCGCGAUGUCCACCAGGAAGGCAUCGUUGACGCAAAAGCAGUCUAAAAACGGGACGUCCAAAUACGUGUUGGAGCGAUGCGCCUCUAUUAACGAGUACUACGAUAUCGCCUUCAAGGUGAUGCUGCUGGGAGACUCCGCCGUGGGGAAGACGUGCAUCUUGCUGCGAUUUAAAGACGGGGCCUUCGUGGGCGGCAACUUUAUCGCCACCGUGGGAAUAGACUUCAGGAACAAGGUGGUAGAUGUGGACGACCUGAAAGUCAAGCUCCAGAUCUGGGAUACAGCCGGCCAGGAGAGAUUCCGAAGCGUGACACACGCCUACUAUAGAGAUGCUCAAGCAUUACUCCUGUUGUACGAUAUCACCAGCAAGCCAUCAUUUGACAACAUCAGGGCUUGGCUCAAUGAAAUACACGAAUACGCCCAGAAGGAUGUGGUCAUCAUGUUGCUCGGCAACAAGUCGGACAUGGCCGCCGAGAGGGUCGUGAAGACGGAGGAUGGGGAGAAGCUGGCCAAGGAAUACGGCGUGCCAUUCAUGGAGACGAGCGCCAAGACGGGCAUGAAUGUGGAGCUGGCCUUUCUGGCGAUCGCAAAGGAACUGAAGCACAGAAGCACCCAGCAGCCUCAUGAGCCCAAGUUCCAGCUCCACGACUACAUCGAGUCUCAAAAGCACAAGGGCGGCUGCUGCACCCUGGUCUAGCUAAACCUGACAUUGGGCUGGGACACGCACACACCUGCACACACACACACACACAAGGGGGAU